CUCCUUGGAGGUGAACAUCAUGAUACAACAGCAUUCAUUCCAUGCAUCUCACUCACACCAUCUGAGGACAAUCUCAGCUUUGUCCUGAAGUGCCAGCAGUUUCCGGUUCAACUUGCAUUUGCAAUGACAAUCAACAAGGCUCAAGGACAGUCAGUCACAAAUGUUGGUUUGGACUUAAGCAUUCCUGUUUUCUCACAUGGCCAAUUAUAUGUUGCAUUUUCACAUUGUACAUUGCCUUCUGCAAUUAGAAUACUCUUGCUGCCUCAAGCACCAACUGUAGAGAUGCAUAGAGUCACUCAAAAUGUUGUAUAUCCCAAAGUUCUUUCCAAUAUUUCUUAG